AUGGCCCGUCCUAGUCGAGUGUUACUGCCACUGUUUGUGUAUCUAACAUGGUCUGUUACGGUCACCCACUCCUACAUUAUAUCGAACCACCCAUGUUGUCGCGAGCCCAGCGAGAAUCUCACCCUUGCUAUGGUGAUAGACGCCUACGAGAUCUACGGCCACGACCCUACAGACAAAUUGGACCACUUGGCCCACUACCAGCUAGAAAUGAUGAAGAUCAAACGUGCCCCUGACCAGUACAUAAUUAACGAGCAUAUCCACAUAGCGACCGACCAUUUGGCGCGGUUCAUACACAUGCAUCUGAAGGAAUUAAAGGUAUUAUUGAUAGCACUGGAUGAUACGAUAGACAAUAUGCUAACGAUGUAUGACAAUCAUAAUGCUAUCAAAACCGAGAGGGUUGCUACUUAUAACUCGGCGGCCGGCGGUGCCGUGCCCUCUGAGUUUUAUAUGAGUCAAGAAUUCUACUGCGGCAAGAACGUGUAUAUCUUCAUAUCUGAGAUGUAUAGCGACAUAUACAACAUGGGCCGGGGCCCCACACCGUAUUGCAAGGGACGGGCCUUCCACUUCAUGGGCUUCGUGCACUUUAUGGACGACAAACGAUACUUCUUGGAAGAAGAUCCUAAUGUCAUCUUCAGUAUGGAUAACUUUGUUCAUGGGUUGGAGUGCAAUAUUGGGAUUUGUAUGUUCAGAUUUCCUUUCAAAAAGAACUUGCAACACGUUCGCGACGUGUCCACUCUACCGAAGGCUAUCGUCAAGUGUGGUACGGAGAUGUACAAACUGCCGCCUCUGACCGCUGCCUCGUGUUUGAUCACUUCUGGGUCUUUCAUACUCGACUUCAACAUACAGGGUGUUCGGUUUAGACAUCAUGAUUAUAUGCUGUUGAUGCCCAACGGACACACGUACUACACAAAAGAGAAGUACUCUCCAUUAUUCUGUGACCAUCACGUCUGUGAGUGGAACUUCACCAACUUUUACGGUGGUCCGUUCAUAAUCCCCGGCGAUCCAGGCACAGGUCUGUCGCCAGUGCCUCCGUUCAUAGAGCAGACGUCUGAAGCAUUCGCACCUACUACGGACAACCCUAAUGGUGUUUUAGAUCCAGACUCAAAUAUUACUUAUUCACUGGAUGGCUGCUGGUACAUGUUCCCGCCUAACUACGGCUCCAUUGCCGGCAUCAGCUACUUGGACCCGCUCGCUGUCAACGAGUACCGCUUCACUUGCCAAGGAUCCGGGAACAAAGGUCUGUAUUGGUACCCGCAAUGGAUGGGCGCGUCCCCCCACCACCCGUACCCCGCGGCAGGCGACGGACCAAGCUCUCUGACGCGACCCGUCGAACCAAUCUUCUACCCCCACCAGCAAGCGAGCCCCCCCUCAACAAAUUUAUUGCCAGAAAGACACUGA